AUGAAGUUUCACGUCGUUGAUGCUUCAUUAACAAAGUUCUACUUAACCAACGAUGAUAUACUUCAUUACAAUCUUGCAGUAAAGAUUUCAGUCAGGAACGGUAACAAGUUGGAGGGUAUCUCUUAUCCUCGUAUUCGCUCUAACCCUUCCUGUUACGGUAAGGAUUUGCCUUGGGUUCCUUUGCCGUCUUUUCGGCAAGGCACUAAGAAUACAACAAUGCUUUAUUCUGUAUUUCAGGGAAAAACCUCGUUCAAGCUGCGGGGUUCUAAUCUUAAAGAUAUCAAUAAUGAUCAGAGGGAUGGAAGUUAUAGCAUUUCUCUAUAUCUCUACAUUACGACCCAGUUGAAGUUUGCUGGUGGUGGAAAGAGUGUCCUACGCGAUUUCGUAGUUAACUGUGGAUUAUUCAGACUUCAUUUGUUGGGUUCCUCUUCUUCAAAUAAUCAAACAGGAAGUGGUGGCUUAUUUAAAACUAAGAGAUGCGAAAACCAUCCCAGAGACCAGACCUAUGAUGACACUUUCUAUUGA